AUUCGAACUUGCCUAGGAUGUGAAUACCUCUCGCAAUGAAGAGCAAUGACUGAACAGGCGGAUGGAACAAAAAUGAAGACAAUGCGGAUUACCAUUUGAGCGUGACCGACAGAGGAGACCCCGACGGGUUUGAUGCAUACUCAAAGAGAUGCCAUAGAUAGCCUCUAGGAUGAUGGCGGCUGUCCGGAAGAUGAAAAUAGUCACCGCACUUGGUGCCAUAGCAGAAAUUGUUCGGAAAAUACACGCAUUUCAAAUUCUAACUGAUUCUCUUUCAUUGAGUCUCUCAUUUAUCUACUCACGGUUCCACCAAGACCAUUUUUUGUGUUGGUGUGUAACUUUUGACUCAACUCUUUAUAGGCUGAUGAGUGAGUUGCAAGUAAAGAUGCCGUACACGGCGGUUUCAGAUGGCUUGGUUCAGCCUUCUUCUCCUUCCGUCGACGACCAUCCUUCUAUGUUUUGCGAGUCGUCAUACGAUUCGCUUUCUCUGUCUGCCUACCUUGACUCUACUAUCGGAUACCAGGAUGACAUCUUUGAUAAAAAAGUCCAUGAAGACAACAAGUUGGACGCAGCUACCUUAGACGCGGAUCAUAAAAACGAGCAGCUCAUCCGGGAGUUGCCUGAAUACGCAUGUUCAUAUUGUGGAAUUCACUCAACCGCUUGCGUGGUUAAGUGCAACUUUCCUACGUGCAAAAAAUGGUUUUGCAAUAGCAAGGCGGGCACGAAUACAGCUAGUCACAUUAUUACACAUCUUGUACGAAACAAACACAAAACGGUUCAACUUCACCAGGACUCGCCGCUGAGAGACGUUCAGUUGGAAUGUUACCAGUGCGGGUGCCGCAACGUAUUUGUGCUUGGCUACACGCCAGCUAAGACUGAGAGUUUUGUGGUGAUUUUGUGUCGUGACCACUGUACUCGGUCAUUGGUCUCUUCUGCGAACGCGGCCGACUCGGCUGCUGAAAAGAGCCUCGUGGCGCGUGACACCGUUUCUUGCGGCAAGGCGAGUUCAGACACCGAAUGGAACAUGUCACUUUGGCAGCCUCUAAUUGACAAUCGCGCCUUUCUGCCUUGGCUUGUGAAAACGCCGACCGAGGCCGAGAUCGCGAGCGCCAUGAAGAUUAACAUUCAACAGACUGUGCGUUUGGAGGAGCUCUGGAAGCAAGAUCCCAACGCCAAGUUGGACGUGAUAUUGAACUCUACGCCCGCCAGCAUAGACGCGGAGCCGAACAGCGUGAUGAUGCAGUACACCGACGCGUAUCAGUACCAGAGCAUUUUUGGCCCGUUGGUGAAGCUAGAGGCAGAUUACGACAAGAGGAUGAAGGAGUCGCAGAGUCAAGAAAGCAUCACGGUGCGAUGGGAGGUGGCGAUGAAUCAACGCCAUAUUGCGUGGUUUACGUUUCCUCGAGCGGAUGCCGACCUUCGGCUGGUCCCUGGAGACGAGUUACGCCUCAAACUGCCGGGGGAGAAUGUACCGGGUGGUAGGAAGCCAUGGGAGGCGCAGGGGCACGUCAUAAAGGUUAUCGGAGACGAGAUUGGCAUAAAGCUGCAUUACACGCCCAAGUCCUCGUUGAAAUCGAAUGGUUCUCAGGAUGCGCACGCGUCUGCGUCUUCACAGUCGCCUCCAGUGAACGUGACUUCCGGCUUUUGUGUGGAGUUUGUUUGGAAGAGCACAUCUUUCGACCGCAUGCAAGCGGCCAUGCACAUGCUGAAGUCGCAGGAUAACAUAUCUACCUAUUUGUACAAGAAACUGUUGGGUCAAGAGGUUGAAGAAGAGAGCUUAAGGAAUUGCAACUUGAAGAGAGUCGAGGAGGUGAAAAUUCCCAACUUACCGCAGCUGAACCCGAGUCAGUUGGAAGCCGUCAAGGCGGUCGUAUCUUCUCCGUUGUCUCUGAUACAGGGUCCUCCGGGGACUGGGAAGACCGUGACUUCCGCCGCUGUGGUGUACCACUUGGUGAAGCAGGGAGUGGGUCAGGUUUUGGUGUGCUCUCCUUCGAACGUGGCCGUGGACCACCUGACAGAGAGGAUUCAUCUGACCGGGCUGAGAGUGGUGCGUCUCGCGGCUAAGUCGAGGGAGGCCGUUUUGUCUCCGGUCGAUCACUUGACGUUGCACAGUCAAGUGCGCCAGCUUUUGGACGAAAUUCGAAAUCAGGUACAAAAUUCGUCGGACCACGCAGGCGACGAGACGAAAAAGGACGUUGGCAAGAGCGACCAGCAGCAGUCAGGCACUGAGUCGUCGACGACCAGGUCCAAGAAGGACAAGUCUUCGUCAUCUUCUGCUUCUGUCACGCCGCACUACGACACUGAUAAAAUUGAGCUGGCUCGUUUACAGAAAAUGCGAGACGAGCUCGGGGAGCUGCCAGCGCACGAUGAACACCGGUACAAGCAGCUGAAGCGCGAGGUUGAGAUGGCCAUUUUGCGCGCAGCGCAAGUGAUCUGUACGACGUGCGUUGGUGCUGGCGAUUUACGUUUGAAAAAGUUUAAAUUUGCUCAAGUGCUAAUUGACGAGUCGACUCAAAGUACCGAGCCAGAAUGCUUGAUUCCCAUUGUUUCUGGCGCCAGGCAGCUGGUUUUGGUCGGUGACCACUGCCAGCUCGGUCCUGUCAUUAUGUGUCGUCAGUCUGCCCGAGCCGGGCUGUCUCUGUCUCUGUUCGAGCGUCUGGUACGUUUGGGGAACAAGCCCAUUCGUCUGAACAUUCAGUACCGCAUGCACCCUUGCUUGAGUGCUUGGCCCAGCAACACCUUCUACGAGGGCUCUCUGCAGAACGGCGUCACAGUGAAGCAGCGUACACUUAAAUCUGUCAAGUUUCCGUGGCCCAACAAAGACCAGACGAAGUUCUUCUACGCCAGCUUUGGCCAAGAGGAGAUUUCUGCUUCCGGGACGUCUUUUUUGAACCGCAGUGAGGCCAACAUUUGCGAGCGGCUACUUAUGCACUUUUUGAAGGCCGGCGUGAAGCCUCAGCAGAUUGGUGUCAUCACGCCCUACGAGGGGCAACGCGCCUACUUGGUGAAUUGCUUCAAGCGCAUUUUGCCAGUUGAGACCGUUGAACACAUUGAAGUCGCCUCUGUCGACUCCUUUCAAGGAAGAGAAAAAGACUUUAUCAUUUUCAGCUGCGUCCGGUCAAACGAGUCUGCGAGCCUGAGCCACCCUAGCCUCGGCUCCAACAACACAAAUUUUUCAGGCGGGCAAAAUCAUUACCACAAUUCUGGAAAUGGCAACAGGUAUUCUUCCAACAAUUCGGUCAUCAACAACUAUCCCAGCAUUGGCUUUCUGAAUGAUCCACGUCGCCUCAACGUAGCUCUGACCCGUGCUCGAUUCGGCCUCGUACUCCUUGGGAAUCCCCGCGUUCUAUGUAAGCAGGCUCUCUGGAACAAUCUACUCUGGCACUAUGCAGAGUGCAACGCGCUCGUUGAGGGCUCCCUAGAAAACCUCAGACCAACCACCUUUAAACUUCUACAAAUCAAAAAACCCUACUUUUUCAUGCCCGAGGAAUACUACCCUCCUCGCAUUCCUGUUCACAUGACUCCGUCGAUCUCCUAUCCUGGUAUGAAACCUUCUCAAUACACCGGCGGCCACCCGAACCAGCCACCUCAUCCGGACUCUUCCAUCUACUCUCGCUCGUGGCAACCUGUCCCGGAGUAUGCCUCCCAAUUUGGCUCUCGACUCUCCCACCCAUCCACCUGCUCGUACCUGGACAACACCGCCUCCCGCGUACCCAACGUCAACCACUAUUCACCAUCCUACGACCGACAACUCGGGGACGCCUUCGGCACGUCCAUGUCACUUUACCAGCCCUUUUCGUCAUCCACCGCCGCGCCACAGCUACUGGCGUAUCAAAGCUCUAUGAUCCAGCAGCAGCCCGACCCAUACUACCAUGGCAAGUUCACUCACGUAAAUCCGUACAACAAGGAACUUCAACCUUCUAACUUCUCUCUCCUCUCUCAGACACUGCCCUUCUAUUCUCAGGGCAACUCCUACCUAACUCAGACGCCGUCCGAGUCCAUUCAGCCACAACCUAUCAUCCAAGAAGAUCAGGGCCAAGGCAAAGACUCCAACAGUGAGAAAAAAAAACCUGAACCUGUCGACACUGCUUCAAAAAAUGCAAGAAAAUGAAAUCGCGCGGAGCGCGUCGAGACCUCAUAAAACGACCUUUGUUGCGUUUACACCACUCUCAUUAUAUGAAUUCCGAAGUUACACCUGACAUAGCAAUAUUGAAAGACCGAUGCUGAAUGUUUGAACUGCAAAAUGCAAGGAAGAAAGAACGUCACCCCUCUUUUUGU